CAGAAAAUCACUUUAACUGAUUAAAAUUGUGUCAAAAUACUUCUAUACACUAUGUAUGUACUUUCUGUAUUUAAUCCUAAUAUUUGUCUAAGUAAAAGUAAAAGUUUCAGAUUGCGUUCAAUUUUAUAUCCAUGGAUAGAAUCAGUUUUUUCUGUUAUUAGAGGCCCUGGAUUGAUCCACAUACUUAUUCUAUCCUUUACGUCUGUUGCAUAUUUGUGUCUGAAGUUGUGAAGUGCCAGAAUAGCUCCUGAGAUGUGAAGUUAUUGCUACUUUCUGACAAUCAAUAACUUAUCUGAAGUCUCUAUCUGGUCCAGAGGUCACCGUAGUGAUAUCUCCUCUUUUCUGUUUCCUUUUCCGUCUGCCUGUGUGAAGCCAUCAGACCUAUUAUAGACAUGGAUUGGAAGAAGGAGGCACAGAAAAACAAGAAGAAAAUCAUUAUAGGUGUCUUGGCCACAUCCAUUGUGACCCUAAUCCUUGGUCUUGGACUUGGUCUUGGACUGGAAUUGGAGAGAUGUAAAAGCAAAGUUGUCCCCCAGACUUCCUGCAGGGACAGAUGCUACCAGCCUUUUGACGAUGAGGUCCCCGGCUGCAGGUGUGAUGAAAACUGUUACACCAGCAACAGCUGUUGUCAUGACUAUUAUGACAUCUGCACUGUUCCAAUCCAGCAGUGGGAAUGCACACAGCUGCGCUGUGGUGAAACCAGGCUGACGGAGAGCAAGUGUCACUGCUCUGACGACUGUCUGUCUGCGGGAGACUGCUGCACAAACUACAAAAAUGUCUGCCACAGAGAAACACAAUGGGUGGAGGAUAAAUGUGAAGACCUCUCAACACCAAAAUGUCCUGCAAGCUUCAAGCGACAGCCACUGCUCCUUGUUUCUUUGGACGGACUGAGAGCCGAAUACCUGCAGACGUGGAACACUCUCAUCCCUGUUCUGGACAAACUCAGAAACUGUGGAACGUCAGCUCCCUACAUGCAAGCAGCAUUUCCAAGCAAGACUUUUCCCAAUCACUACACAAUUGUUACGGGAUUGUAUCCAGAGUCCAAUGGUUUGAUUGACAACAGCAUGUACGAUCCAGUGUUGGAUGCCAGUUUCAGCUUGUCCAGUCCUGAGAAAGAAAACCCAGCCUGGUAUCAUGGACAACCUGUUUGGCACACAGCAAGCUACCAGGGUCUAAAGUCUGGGACUUUCUUCUGGCCUGGAUCAGAUGUCAAAAUAAAUGGAAGCUUUCCUGAGCUUUACAAACCUUAUGAUGGAAAAGUGCCAUUUGAAGAAAGAGUAUUUACCCUUUUGAAGUGGCUGCAGCUGCCAGAUAGUGAGAGACCAGAUUUCUACACGUUGUAUCUGGAGGAGCCUGAUAAAUCUGGGCACAGCUUUGGCCCCGUCAGUGGAGGGAUCAUUUCAGCCAUCCAAGGAGUGGAUAAAAUAAUGGGUCAGCUCAUGAACGGCCUCAAGCAGAUCGACCUGCAUCGCUGCAUCAACAUCAUUGUGGUUGCCGAUCAUGGCAUGGAGGAGAUCAGCUGCAACAGGAAAGAAGUGAUGCAGGAACUGGUGGGAGAAACCAGCAGUUACGUGGUUACUGAGGGGCCAUUUGGACGAAUCAGAGCCAAGAACAAAGAUGCUGUCUUGGAUGCAGCUGGACUGGUUGCCAACAUGUCUUGCAAGAAGCCGGAACAAAAAAUCAAGCCAUACCUGAAGGCCAACCUACCGAAACGGCUUCAUUUUGCCAACAGUCGUCGUAUCGAAGACGUCAGUGUUCUGGUUGAACCCAAAUGGUUGUUUGAGAGAGAUCCAGGAUCUCUCACUUUCUGCUCUGGUGGAAAUCACGGCUACGAUAACGACGCUGAGAGCAUGCAUGCCAUGUUUCUCAGCUAUGGCCCCAAGUUUCAGCAAAAGUCUACAGUUGAACCCUUCUCUAACAUUGAGCUAUACAACCUCAUGUGUGACAUACUUGAAAUCAUCCCUGCUGAGAACAACGGGACACAUGGAAGCCUGAAUCAUAUCCUGAGGAAACCCUACCACACACCGAUCCCUCCUGGGGAGAACAGCAGACCAACUGAGUGUCCAUUAGUCAGCCUGGACCCUGAAGACUACUUGGGAUGCUCUUGUCCAAGCCUGGAUGGAAAUGGCAUCAACAUGCGUUUGAAUCUAACAGCGGAGAAGGUCUCUGCUGCAGAGAAGAUGCACAUGCCGUUUGGCCGUCCCCAAACGCUGCAGCCGGAUCAGAAUUACUGCAUCCUUCACCAGGAGGGAUUUGUCAGCGCCUACAGCCAUCAAGCUUUCAUGCCUCUUUGGAGCUCCUUCACCAUUGAAAAACCAGUCACAUUAGAGCCGCUGCCACCAGUGAUGUCAGACUGUUUGAGGGCCGAUGUGAGACUGUCUCCUGAUCAAAGCUCCAGAUGUGAUCAGUAUGAAGCUACUGGGAGGUGGACCCAUGGUUUUCUGUAUCCACCCAAUCUGAACAUCACAGAUGAGCAGCAGUAUGAUGCUUUACUAAUGAGUAAUGUAAUCCCAAUGUACCCCGAGUUUAAGAAGAUAUGGGAUUACUUUCAUAACACUCUACUGAAGAAGUAUGCCUCCAUUUACAAUGGCAUCAACGUGGUGACCGGUCCUGCUUUUGAUUAUAACUACGAUGGCCGAUUUGACUCUUUAGAGACGAUACAUCAGUCCGUGCAUGGAAAAAAUCUCUCCAUCCCCACACAUUACUUUGCAGUGCUGACCAGCUGCAAGGACCCAGGUCAAACUGUCACAGCUUGUCUUGGUGAGCUGCAAACCGUGACCUUCCUGCUCCCUCACCGAGCCGACAACAUGGAAAAUUGCAACAGUGCAGAGCAUGAAUCCCAGUGGGUGGAAGAUCACAUCUGGUUUCACCAAUCCCGCGUCAGAGAUGUUGAGUGGAUUACAGGACUGGACUUUUACCAAGGCAGUGGUCAACUAGUAGCAGAACUUCUAUCGAUGAAGACAAGACCUACAGCAGCCAUUCAAAGAAAACAAUGAAAAGAGCAUUUACACACACACACACACACACACACACACACACACACACACACACACACACACACGUUUGCAUUACUACACUUGUGGGGACUUCCGUUCAUUUUAGGGACUGCAUUAUGCCGAACCCUGACACAAACUAACCAUGACCGUCACUGGACUAUUCCUACCCUUAACCCUAAUUAAAAGUUAGUUCACACCAUACCUCUAAAACCAAGUCUUAUGGUUUUUGUGCACACUGGUGCCAAACGUGGCAUGUAACAGCUGCAGAUGGCCUCCCAGCACACCCUCCCCACACACACAUUAAGUCUCUCUCCUAAAGUUGGAUAAUGUAGUUUGAGUGGCUUUGUUUAUGUAUCUUUAAUUUAAUCAUGUGUCAUUGUGAUCUUUUGAUCCUAUUGCUAAAAAAAUAUCUCAUUUAAGUGCAAAUAUAUUUUCUACAGCCUUAUAAUUUUAGUAAAGUUUUGGUUGAUUUUAAUUCUUCCACAAUUGCCAUUAAAGGGAAGGUCAGAUACUGUAUUCAAAACACCUGAAAAUGUGAACAAGUCUGUGUUAAAAAGCAUUCACCACUUCCUAACGGACGUAUUUUCUGAUUUUCUUGAGUGGAAUGAGUGUUUUGCACUCCUAAAUGUUAAAAUGUGAAUGGUUUCAUUAAGAUUUUAUAAAUGUUUUUCUCAAAAAUUAGAAAACUCAUUGAAAUUGUUCUUUUCUCUUUAGUUUCUGUGUAACUAUGUGAUAAUUGUCAGUUAUUGUUUUUAGAUAUUUCUAAGUCAAUGUGAUAUAAAGAGCUUUGAACUGGAAGUUUUACACGGCUGUGAUUCAAGGUUAGGAGGUAUUGUGUAGGAUUCUGUUUGAAGGAGGAAUUUUAGCAAAGGAUCCAAUGUAUUUCCUGUACUGCUACACUCCACGCUACGUAGUUAAACAGUUGUGGAAAAUAUUUCAUUCAUGUCAGUUUUCUUGGCUCAUGAAGCAGUUGACCAAUGAAAAUAAAAGUCAUAACUGCAAUGCUCUGCUUUCAAAAAGCUACCUCACAUUUCAUCUGGAUCUGUUGCUGUUCAAUUUAUAAUACAAAUUAUUUAUAAUAUUUUAAUAACUGCUGUAAAAAAAUCUAAUUAGCUGAAAUUGGAAAAGUAAUUUGAUCAACACUAAAUAUUAUUGAAACAGAAUGCUGAAAAUCUUCCUACUACAAAGGGUGAUAUUUAGGCUAGAUAUAACCCAUCGACUUUCCUUUUUGGCACUUCUCAGACAAGGAAGAGCAGUUUAAUUCCCAAAACUUCUGCAGGGUUCAUAAAUGCUGGAAGGAUGAAAAAAAGUUUUUAUGCAAUUUAAAUAAGGAAGUAAAGCAAAAUAACAAGGUCAUACUAACCUUUGUGUCCCUGCCAAUCCAGGUGUCAGUGUUGUUCUUUCUUCCUGUAGGCAUAAAUUAACCUUUACAUUCACCCCUGCUGAACAAAUGACUACGUUUACAUGCAGCCAAUAUCCGGGUUAUGAUCGGGUUAAGGUCGGUAUUCGGGUUUCUGAGUUGAUCAGAAUAACCCGUUUACAAGCAUAAAUAGAAAGACUUCCCUCUAACUUGCAUAACCCGAUUUAAAUGCGGACGUUGGGGUAGCGUCAGGACGUAUGGACUACGUCCAGACGCAAUAUGCGUCAUGUCCGGUUCUUCUUGUUCCGGUAUCCGUGAAAACAACAACAUGUUUCCCAGUUCGGAAGAGAUAGCGACCGCGUUUGUUUGCGCUUUAGUUUCCUCGUCACUCCAAAAGUGUGGUGCUGUGCCGCGACUCGCCAUGUUGCUCCCAACUUGUUGUUUACUUCCGGUGUUCUGGCGCAUACAAGACGUCUCGCUACUCAAAAGACCAAGAUUCCUUGCGAACAGAGCAUGCGCAGAACACACACUUUGAUGGGGAUAUCCCGAUAUGCGUUUACACGACCAAACAUUCGGGUUAGAAAAGGUUUACCCCAGGUGUAGUAAACGGGUUUUUAAAAACCCGGUUAUGAGCAUAUCCGGGUUUUUGGCGGUGUUUACAUGGACCUGCGGAACCGGGUUAUUGCGAAUAUUCGGGUUUUAAAAGGGUUACUGGCUGCAUGUAAACACACUGAAUGAGGAGCUGUAUGAGUAGUGAUUAAUCAUUUGAAUGUGCCUCACCAGGCUCGCACUCAGCAGGCAGACCGACGAGGAAGUAACAUAAAUUUAACAAACUAGAACAGGAAACAAAACAUGGUGCAAACAGAAAUUCUAAAAAUAUCUUCGUAUUGAUUACUGCAUUUGACUGGAAGGACUAAAAGGAAAUGCAUAAGGAAAUGGAACCAAAAACCUGGGGGAGGGAUAUUAAGGUCAGGUUUGCAGGAAAGAUAGGCUGUGGGACCACAGUUUUUGUUGUGUCAACAUUCGCAGUGGGCUUUAGUAGAAUGAAAAGCUCCAGAGUGCCCGUUUUAGGGCAGAUAAUUCAGCUGGAAGAGAAAUUAGCUACAGACGACAGGAUUUUGAGUCUUAUUAUGUGAUAUUUGGACAUCUCACCUCUGACUGGCUAACAGCAACACAACUCUAAAACUUUGCUUUUCAACGUAGAUGUUUAAUCUCCACAAAUAGCACACGCCUGGAGUAGUUCUGCCAGGAUGUGGAGUUGCUAAUCCUAAGGGUUAGCUUCUGCAAGUCGAUAUGUUUUCUGUUGUUUCCUGGAUGCUAACCCAACAACAGCCUUCCCUGUCACAAGAUGGGUGAGUCCAUGAGUGCUAAGUGACACUGUGACAUAGAUCUGUCAGGCUUUUCAAAUCCAAGCGUUCUAUUGGACGCUUUCUAUUUUAAGUUAAUGCAGCAAAUCAGUGUAGGAGACUAUUUUCAUGUCCAGCCUGCAUGAAUAACUCAGAGUGACACGAUGAUAAUCAGAAAUUAUUUAUUUUUAUUUCAGCGAAGUUGACCUUUAAAAAUUACAUUUUUUACAAAAAAACAACCCACUACAAUCUAUUUUAGUGAUGGUAAUGGUGAUUUUCUCCUUGGUGAACGAGGAAGCAGUCCAGGUUAAGGCCUAGUGAGGUCCAGUGUUCACUGACAGGUUCGAAUGUUCUACCACUAAUUAGAAGUGUCACAUCUUCACAAAGGAACAUGAAUUUAUGUGUCUUUUGCAAAUUUUAACUGUAGUUUUGGUUGUUUUAUCUUUAAAAAUGUCUUUCAGAAGCCAAGUUUUUACUGGUUGAAACCCUUAAUCUUCAUUAUUAAUAAAAGUACUGCAGGUGAGUGUAUACUAGAUUACCUGAUGCAAACAAAGUACUUGGACCGAACUUGAGUCAAGGCCAGACUUCAGUAAUAGAAGUGAUGUAUUACAAGUUUGUGAAAUCAGUAUCAGCCAACACAGUCAUAUAUACAGUUCAUGUUCUUCUUUUUAUUUUAUUUUUUUAUAUACAGCGCCAAAUCACGACAAGAGUCGUCUCAAGGCACUUCACAUAAUAAAUAUUCCAAUUCAGGACAGUUCAUUAGGCCAAUCAGAAAUAAUGUUUCCUAUAUAAGGAACCCAGCAAAUUGCAUCAAGUCACUGGCAAGUGUCAGUGACUUUACUGCAAUCCUCAUACUAAGCAAGCAUGCAGCGACAGUGGAGAGGAAAACUCCCUUUUAACAGGAAGAAACCUCCAGAGAAUCCUGGCUCAAGCUUCUCUGUGAAGAUAUCUGUGUUUAUUAUUUUUUUCUUGUUUCCUGUCCUGUGGUUGACUUGAAUCCCGCCCAGGGUGGGUCUCUCUUCAAACUCUUGACCACUGAAGAUCAUCAAUGAUUCAUAGUGACUCAAACUAGGUUCACAUGGAUGGAUGGUUGAUAAUGUUUAGUUUAUAAAUGAUGAGUAGUUAGCUUAUCUGAAAUUUCCAUCGCAAGGCAAAUUUAAAGUACCCCACUCCCCCGAAGCCCCAAGACAAGAAUGAUAAAUCUCCUGAAAAAUGGGACAGUCCAGUCUUUGAUAUUACUCACUCUGACGACGUGUGACUUGUGCAGCCCGAUGCCUUGUGUCUUUUUUUCUACACAUUGAAGGCCUUAUAGACAAAGAUGGGUUUCAAAUGGAUUCUAAAGCUAGAUAAACACCAGCAGCUAGCAGCGGUAGAUAGACCACAGGGGCUGCUAGGGCAUUGCAACCCUUGGCUCGCAUCAAAACCUUCAACUCUUGGGUUUCAAUUAAUAAGUCAAGAAAGUCACUACUUGUGUUGAUAUAUGUCCAUCCAUCCAUCCAUCCAUUGUCUAUACACACUUGUCCAUGCAGGGUCGCCGAAGGGGUUGGUGCCUAUCUCCAGCAAUCUCUGGGCAGACAGGCAGGGUACGCCCUGAACAGAUUGCCAGUCCAUCGCAGGGCAACACAGAGACACACAGGAUAAACAACUAUGCAUGCAAACACUCACACCAAAGGAUAAUUUAGAGGGGCCAGUCAGCCUGACGGUCAUAAUUUUUGGGUACUGUGGGAGGAAGCCGAAGUACCGGAGAGAACCCACAGAGAGAACAUGAGAGAGAACAUGCAAACUCCUUGCAGAAAGACCCCGAGUUGGUAUGUGAACUCAGGACCUUGUUACUGCGCCAACCACUGCUACACUGUGCAUCCCGUGUUGAUAUAUGUAUUUUAAAUAAAUAAAAAGUGGUAAUUAACCUUGUGACCUCAUACAGUAAGUUCUACAUGCUCUUUUUUUUACAGUGUAGCAUUUAGUCUUUGGGUAAAAUUUGCAAUAAAAACUAUUUUAUGUUGUGAUAGAAGGUUUUGCAUUGUUCUUGAUAAAAUCAUUCAGUGGUUAAUUGCAAUAUUCUUUGAUAUUAUUAGUCAAAACUUCUAAAAUGUCCAUGAGGCAAUUUUAAAGGUCUUGAUGUGACUUCUAAACAAAUGUUUUGGGACUUUUGACUCAGCGGGGAAGACACAUCAGAAAUAACACUCAAUGCUGGUUAUGGAACAUAAUCACAUCUGUAAGAAAUGGAGUUCAGUGGAAGAGUAAGACUCGUCUUGUCAUCAGCAAAAAUAUUUUUUGUUUCUUUCCCUUGGUUACAAAAAUAAUCUAUCUACAGUAUGUGAGCAGGGACACAUUCGUAGAAGUAACCCAGUGGGUCUUUAUUAGCCUGUUUUCUUUCUUUUACUCACUCAUUUUGGGAAUUUCUACUAUUUUCCCCUCUUUUUUCCUGGAAAACCUCUUUGUAAAGCCAGCCACAGGUGACUCCUAAAACCAUGUCAUAAAAUUACUAUUUCAGUCAGUUACUCUUUCUCCUUUAUUUGAUGUUUCAGAUGAUGGUACCAACUGACAGUGAUGGCCUGACUCCCACAUAUUAACACCAUAAAAAAGAGUUUUUGGUUUGUUUUACUCCCCCAGCUUGGUAUUAAUGGCUCAGACUGGUUGUUGGUGGUGUGGGGGACUUUCUUGUGGGCCAGUUUGGGCCCCUAACCACCUACCAAGCAUUGUUUAAACAUGCGUUCAUCUCUUUGUGACCACAACGGACCCAUCCAAUGCCUUCUUCCAUCAGGACAAUGUACCAAGCAGCAAAGCUCAAAACACCUCACACCAGUGUCUUGAACAUGACAUUGAGUUCGCCAGACUCCAACGGCCUCCACAGUCAACAGAUCUCAAUCCAGUUCAGAACAUUUGGGAUGCAGUGGAAUGAGAUACUCACAUUAUUGUCAACAUGGACCAGAACCUCUGAGGAAUGGCUAAAUAAGGCACUACUGAAGGCAAAAUGAAGGUCCAACCCGGUACUAGAAAAAUUUAGGCAGCUUUAUUUAUAUAGCACAUUUGAUACACCGAGGCAAUUCAAUGUGCUUUCCAUUAGCAAGAGUUGCAUGAUCAUUAAAAUCAACAUGACAGCACAAUUCAAAUACACACAAAUUCAUUUCAGAUUUAAGAAUAAAAAAGGGUGAGCAGCUACAGAAGAAACAGUCAUUUAAAGACUGAUGAGCACAUGGAAGCUUUCAAUUUUGAUGUAAAGGUUAAUAGAGUUGGUGCAGAUUUGAGGUGAUUGGGAAGCUGAUUCCAUCUGUGUGCAGCAUAGUGGCUAAAAAGCAACUUCAACCUGUUUGGUUCUGACCCGGAGUUCUACAAGCUGACUGUUUCUUAAAGAUCUCAGCGCUCCCAGUUACCUUCCAUGUACAGUUGAAGUUAUUGACUUUUGUGUUUAAAACCUUACAUGAUUUAACACCUCCAUAUCUUUCUGACCUGCUCACCCCCUAGUACCCAUGCACACAUUGAGGUCAGCUGAUCUCCUGCUACUUUGCCCUCCCUGGAUGUCCUACAAAUCACGGGGUGAACGAGCAUUUGUCUAUGCUACCCCCAUGCUCUGGAAUUCACGUCCCAUUACAGUAAGGCAAGCAUCCUCUCUGGCUGUUUUUAAAUCUCGUUCAAAGACCUACUUUUAUGGCUUGGCCUUUAGCCAGUGGCUCCUUUAUUGUUUUUAUAGUCUUUUUAUUGUUCUUAUUAUUUUUGCUGCUUUUAAUGCUUUCCAUUGAUGUUUUACUUUCUUUUUUUAUGAACUUGCCUGUGCAGAACUGACUGGUCAGCUCUUAUGCUGUAUUUUAAAUGUACUAUAUAAAUAAAGUGGUAUGGUAUGGUA